AUGCAGAUCCGGCUGUCGCCCAGCAUGAGGAGCAUCACCAUCUCCACUAGCCAUGGCCUGCUAGACUUGAUGAGGCUCAAGGCCGCCGCGCGCCACUUCUCCUACCGCACCGUCUUCCACACCGUCCUCAUCCUUGCGUUCCUCCUGCCAUUCGUCUUCAUACUCACCGCCGUCAUGACGCUCGAGGGGUUCAACAAGUGCUCCUCCCUAGAUUGUCUUGGAAGACGGUUAGGUCCGCGCCUUCUUGGUAGGGGCAAUGAUGGUUCCAUGAGGGUUGUGAGGGAUUUGUAUACAUUGCUUGAUGAAUUACAUUCUGAGGAAGUUCCUGUGGAUUUAAAGGUUCCGGAAUCUUUUGAUGAAUUUAUCUGGGAUACGAAGAAUAAUGACUAUGAUUUAAGGUCAUUUGCUUUUAAGCUGAAGGCAACGAUGGAGAGCAUGGAUAAGGAGUUGAGAUCAUCAAGGCUAUCGGAGCAGUUAAACAAACACUACGCUGCAAUUGCUAUUCCUAAAGGCCUUUAUUGCCUUUCAUUGCGUUUAACCGAUGAAUACUCCUCAAAUGCCCUUGCAAGGAAACAACUACCACCCCCUGAGUUGGUGCCUUGUCUUUCCGACAACUCCUAUUACCAUUUUGUUUUAGCAUCAGAUAACAUCCUUGCAGCCUCAGUUGUUGUCAGAUCAACAAUUAGAUCAUCACUGAAGCCUGAGAGGAUAGUCUUCCAUGUUAUUACUGACAAAAAGACCUAUCCUGCCAUGCAUUCAUGGUUUGCUCUGAAUUCUCAUAAUCCUGCUAUUGUUGAGGUGAAAGGUGUUCACCAAUUUGAUUGGUUAACAAAAGAAAAUGUUCCUGUUCUUGAAGCUAUAGAAACUCAGCGCACUGUCAGAGAUCGUUACCAUGGAAAUCACCUUGCAAGAACCAGUGCGAGUGACAGCCCAAGGGUUUUUGCUGCCAAGCUGCAGGCAGGAAGCCCAACAUAUACUUCUGUGCUCAAUCAUAUUCGAAUAUACUUGCCAGAGUUGUUCCCAAGCCUUGACAAGGUCGUAUUUCUUGAUGAUGACGUUGUUGUCCAACAUGAUCUGUCAUCACUUUGGGAUAUUAAUCUAGCUGGGAAGGUUAAUGGUGCUGUUGAGACUUGCAGAGGUGGAGACAGUUGGGUGAUGUCUAAGAGGUUCAGGAAUUAUUUUAACUUUUCUCAUCCCCUCAUCGCGAAUAACUUUGACCCUUCAGAGUGUGCUUGGGCAUAUGGCAUGAAUAUUUUUGACCUGAAUGCAUGGAGGAAGACAACAAUUAAAGACAAAUACCAUCAUUGGGUCAAGGAGAAUCUGAAGUCAAACUUCACACUUUGGAGGCUUGGAACAUUACCACCAGGCCUUAUUGCAUUUAAAGGCCAUGUUCAUCCAAUUGACCCGUCGUGGCAUCUGUUAGGCUUGGGUUAUCAAGAAAAGACAGAUAUCAGUAGCGUUCGACAAGCAGCAGUUAUACAUUAUAACGGACAAAGUAAACCAUGGCUAGAGAUUGGUUUUAAACAUCUGCGGCCAUUUUGGACGAGACAUGUGAACUACUCGAAUGACUUCAUAAGAAAUUGUGAUAUAAUGGAGCCUCAGUUGUAGAUUGGCAUGAAAAUAAAUAAAUAAAGGCAUAUAUUAAGUGAAAUUAAAUUCAUUAUUUUGGAGACUAUUCAGAGUUUGUGAAGGGUAAUUGGGGAAUGCUCGGUAGUCCCCUAGACAGUUACACAUGCUGAUGAAGAAUAUUCAGUGAACAUAAAGGAAAUGUUUUUUUCCCAUUACUCUAGGGCCCCUUUCCUUUUAUUUAUUCCAUUUGUAUCAUAGCUCAUGAAAUUAUAAUAUUGUUUAGGAUGGUUCUUUUGUAUUUGAUGGAGCAGUAUAAGUUGCCUGAUUUGGCAGAAUUGAUGGUAACCCCAUCACUAUUGUAAUUGAUGAAGAGUAUACACAGUUUACCAUGUGAAAAGCAUGGGAUAUUGAUUUUGCAAAGCGAACUCUCCUUAUUUUUCUGA